GAUAUUUGAGAUGUCGAGGAACAAUGAGGCUGAGCCGCAUCUAUGGGUUCUUGUAGGGAAGGCCGGGGAGCGGUGGUGGUUGUCUCAGGAGGGGGAGCUGUGUAGCUGCCAGUGCCCCACCACGCCUAUUUAAGCAAGAGCUUGCGACUUAUUGUAGAUGAUAGCUGAAGUCCUUCACGAGAAUUCCUCUCUAUUGCUUUCAACAUCACAUCGUGUAUACUACUCGCUCCGCACUUCUUCCAAGCAUAAAAUAAUCCCAUCGCUCAUUAUAUAUAUCUACGAUUCUCGAGCCGUCCUUUAGAGUUGACAUCCGAAUACCCCGCCCCCAUCAUAGCUAUAGACAGAUACAACAUCACCAGUACUAUCCCAACCACAAUGUCCCACACCACGCCCACCGAAGCCGAAAUCACCCGCACCCUCUCCGACCUCAAACUCUCCACAAAAACCAAGCCCAAGUCCGGCCCCGUCGCCGAAAGCUGGGACGACGAACCGCUCUCAUCGGACGAGGAGAAACCUACAAAAGAUGCACAAACCUCAAAACCCCAUACCUCCUCCUCUACUACUCCUCCAACCGCAACCCAAGAUAAAAACCCCAUCACACCCAUCAAAACCGCCACCACCACCGCCUCACCCUCGUCCACCUCCGCACCCCCGAACCCUCCCCCACCAACACCGUCAUCACCCACCCCCUUCGAAUUCGACAACGUCCCCUACGCUCAGCUAAACCCUGCAUCACCGCCGCAAAGCUCACUGCGCGGAGCCAAUACGGCACCGGCACGCCGGCCGGAGAAAACGACGGCCGUAGCGGGACGAUUGAUUGCUGGUGCGCUCGGCGUGAAGGCGCCGCGGAGGACGGCCGAGGAGAGGGAGUACGACAGGGCUAUGCGGGAGAAGGAGAGGAGGAGAAGGGAGGAAGAGAGGGAGAGGGAGAGGAGGGAGAGGGAGGAGGCGGAGAGGAGGAAGAGGAGUGUUUGGGAGGAUUAGGGAGGGGUAGCGUUGGUUUUGUGAAAAUGGGAAUGAAUGAUUAGAUAUGAUAGAGGGGCAGAGGGGGGAAGGCAGAUGUUGAGACUAUUUGGACAGUUUGGAGACUUUGGAAGGUGUUGAGAGGUUGCUAUUUGGAUACAACGGUUUGGGAAAGGUGCCAGGGCGUUCGUCUUAUCUGGAUAAUAUCUGGGUCUCCCUGGGCGCAUGGGUUGGAUGCUUAGAAAUGCCGGAAUCAUCGAUAAGUAGCUCACAGUUUCAGAUUAGGAAACGCAGAGAUAAUGUGUUCAUGAACCAUUCCUCAUUUAA